GUCGAUUCAGCUUCCCCAGCAAACCACAUCCAACAGCCUGAUAUCAAGGAACGGCAUUCCUAAAAGGCAGUUACCUUCCUCCGAAACCGCAAAAUCUAAAGAUCAAAGACUAUAGCGAGCGAGAGAAAAAAGAAGCGAUGGCGAAGGAAAGAGAGCAGCAAGUUUACUUGGCACGACUCGCAGAGCAAGCUGAAAGAUAUGACGAGAUGGUCGAGGCCAUGAAGAGUGUUGCUAAAUUGGAUGUUGAACUGACUGUGGAGGAGAGGAAUCUGGUGUCUGUGGGAUAUAAGAAUGUGAUUGGAGCAAGAAGGGCAUCGUGGCGGAUAUUGUCUUCAAUUGAACAGAAGGAGGAGGCCAAGGGUAAUGAACAAAAUGUGAAGAGGAUAAAGGAAUACAGGCAGAGGGUUGAAGAUGAGCUUUCAAAGAUCUGCAAUGAUAUAUUAUCUGUCAUUGAUAAGCACCUCAUUCCUUCUUCCGCAACAGGGGAAUCAAAAGUUUUCUACCAUAAGAUGAAAGGAGAUUAUUUUCGUUAUUUGGCAGAAUUUAAAGUAGGAGAUGAUCGCAAAGAAGCUGCUGAUCAGUCACUUAAGGCUUAUGAGGCUGCCACCUCCACUGCAAGCUCAGAUUUGCCUCCAACUCACCCAAUUAGACUUGGCCUGGCUUUGAACUUUUCUGUUUUCUACUAUGAGAUAUUAAAUUCUCCUGAGAGGGCUUGCCAUCUGGCUAAACAAGCAUUUGAUGAGGCAAUUGCAGAGCUUGAUAGCCUUAAUGAAGAAUCUUACAAGGAUAGCACCCUUAUUAUGCAGCUUCUUAGGGAUAACCUCACCUUAUGGACCUCAGAUCUGCCAGAGGAAGGAGGUGAGCAAUCAAAAGCAGAUGAACCUCAGGCAGAGAGUUAAUUGGAUGGAAGAGUAUUCUUUUAAGACUGGUCUUGUCGAGGUAGGAAAGGGGCUGCUGCUAGAGUGACCUCCUUUCAACUCAUAGUAGUACUACCAGGAUUUGUGACCUAUGGCUGGUAUCAAUUUGUUAACCAGAUGUUUGCUGACUGUUACUUGGCGUUCUCUUCUGUUUAAACAUAAUUGAAUCUGUUAUUUUAGUUUUGUUACCUCUGUUUUCUUAUGUGUUUCAAUUUUUGUUGUCUUGGCUUGUUUUUCCAUCUGUUGCUAACUGAUGCGCAAUUUGUCUUUGCUGCCUCAUUCCUCAAUUUAUAAUCACAAUUUGCGCCUUCCAGCCUGUCCUUGGAUUUGUUCAUAACCAUAGCUUAAAGCUCCAAUUUGGUAUUCAUUAUUUGGGAAGUUUUCUGAAUGAGGGGAUUGGCAUUGUGGAGCAGCGGGGUUGAUUUUUGCGCUGGAAUCUUUUGCAAAGUUCAUGGCAUGAGUCGGUGUUCAAUUUCAAAUAUCUAUUUUGGCGAUGAUGCUCUGGCGUUGUAAGUCAAAUUUCAUUGUUUCCAAAA